UUGGUACAUGUCUAUGUCAAGGACUCAAAUGAUUCAUCAGCUUCAAAACCAAGCCUGAAGCCUUGAAGUCUUGAACACCAUGGUACCGUAGUACUCUAUAAAAUACCCCAUAUAUCAUUACUAAUCAUCGCAUGAUUCGCGUCCAUAUAUUGUUCAAGAAUUAAACCAUAGCAUCCACAAUGGGUCUCUUUUCGUCCUCCUCCAUCUACGCCCUUCUCUUCUCAUCAUGCUUGACUUGUCUCGUUUCAUCUAGUCAACUUUUCAUUGUGAGAGUUCAACAUGACCUCAAUCCCAGCCUCAAAAAACAGUUUGUAAACAUGGUGGAUGGUCAGGGUGCUAAGAGUGGUUUUGUAGCGCUCCAACUUUUCAUUGUGAGAGUUCAUCAUGACCUCGAUCAAUCCCAUGUUGGUGCUGACCAUCCACCAUGAUUACCAAACAGUUUUUCAUGGCUUCUCGGCCGACCUCACCCUCCAACAAAUCAACCAGCUACGGGAGCGUCCGGAGAUCCUGGGCGUGUUCCCUAGCAGUGCACUGUUUCAUACAACUAGGUCUCCUCUCUUCCUGGGACUACCCGACACCAAUGAUGGCCUUCUUAACCGGUCUCAUUCCGGCUUCGACGCAGUGGCGGAUCUAGAAUCUGAAAAUGGGGUAUACUCAAGAGAUUUUGGAUCGAAACUUGGGUUGGGCCAGCCCGUACCCUGCUUCGACGUCAUUGUCGGUGUGGUCGACACUGGAAUAUGGCCGGAGCACAGCAGCUUCCACAACCACGGCCUGGGACCAAUCCCCUCGCGUUGGAAAGGUAACUGUGUCCCCGGAGAUUCGGAGAAUCCGGCAGCCUUUUGCAACAGAUCGAAAGCUCAUAGGAGCCAGCCAGAUACUUGACUCGCGCGCGGCAGCAAUUUUACUUCCGCAAGAGACCAGGGCGAGGAGGACAGUUCCGGCCGGCCACGGCACACACGUGGCGUCAAUCAUCGCUGGACGACAUGUCCCAAACGCCUCUUUCCUCGGCUUUGCUCAGGGUGUUGCAUCAGGAGUUGCUCCAAACGCAAGAGCUGCCAUGUACAGAAUUGCGCGCGGCAGCAGGAGAGUGAGUCUAACUUGCUGGCUGCCCGUAGAAGACGGUUGCGACGUCAUAUCUUUGUCAUUGUCAUUAGACGACGGCGACCUCCGCCCUUAUCACAAGGACCCGAUUGAUAUAGCUGCAUUGCUCGGGAACGGUCGGAUCCUUACUGGCUCUUCUCUCUACAAUGGAACUUGGCCGGAGAACACGUGCAUGUCUCUUGUUGCAGGCCUAAUCUCCGGCGGCUUCACCGGAAAGGAAACAUAUCCGUUUGCAAUCACGUACAUCGACGAUAGCAAUUGUGAAGAAUAUCAUCGGGAUGGUAAAUGCUGAAGACACGUAUCUCAUUGGCGACGGUCAGUUGGCGAAAACAACUCCUGGACUGAGGCUCAGCAACUCAGCCUUUAACCAACUGCAAGUAAUUUAGAAAGAACACAAGAUUAUGAGUCCAUUGAGUUCAAGUAAUUUAGAAAGAACACAAGAUUAUGAGUCCAUUGAGUUUACAUUCAGCACAAAAUAUGGGUUCAUCAUAUGUAAGUAUGUAACUGAAGAAUAAACAUUUCCAAUAAAUAAGAUCC